AUGCCGGGAAAUGGGAUCCUGAAAUCCGCCGUCGCGGAAGACAAGUCGAAGUCAACCAGCUCCGGCGCCCGCCGCUUCGUGGGAGUCCGGCAGCGGCCGUCGGGGCGGUGGGUGGCGGAGAUCAAGGACUCGUCGCAGCGGGUGCGGCUGUGGCUCGGCACCUUCGACACGGCCGAGGAGGCGGCGCGCGCCUACGACGAGGCUGCGCGGGCGCUGCGCGGCGAGAACGCCCGCACCAACUUCGCUGGCGCAGGCGCCGCCAUCGGCGCCUCCGCUCUGGCCGCGCUGCGGGCGAGGCUGAGCGGGGGGAUCCGCGGCCUCGUGGGCGGCGGCGGCAUCUCUCGAAGUGCGCAUGGACAGGGGAGCCGGAACAGGGUGAGCGACCAGUCGACGUUCGCCAGUAUCUUCCACCGCCACGGCGGCGGAGGAGGCGAAUUCCAUCUCGGCGGAGGCAGUGGGCCGGCCACGGAGAUGGCGGUGCCGCCCAGCAUCAUCGUGCCGGCGAAGACGACGACGACGCCGGAGGACCCAGCGGUGCUUCCGGCCGAAGGUGCAGAGGAGGAGCAGGGUGCCCUUUGGCAGGAGGGAGAGGUAGCAUCCGGCGUCCUCGGCGGCGGAGGAAGCAAAAGGUUCAAGGUGUCGUCGUCGGUGAUCGUUCCGCCGUCGUUUAGUGGAUUAGUGAGCGACUGA